GACAUCAGGAAGUAGUUGGCCGCGUUUCGCACAUUGUAGACAGCUUCACGAGUGGCAGUGCCACAGCACUAACCGCCAGUGUUGUUUGUAGCUAUCCCAGUGUACAGGAAUGGGCUGUAACAUUUUGUCGUUUUCGUUAGUAAUGCGUGCGUUUGCAUUGUUUAUGUGGUGACAUUUCUAAAUGUCUAAGUUAUAGGGCAAGGUCAAGCAAAUUCACAAACUCGUUUCGUCGUUUGUGUCAAAUUGAGAAGUAACGUUAGACGGGGAAAAAAAGGCUUCGCCGUUUUGACACAUCACAGAGGGGCAGAGUCAGUGGCAUAUGAGUCGAGAAGUGGACGUAGUGCGACUGACCGUGGAAAUCUCACCACAGCAGGAAACGCGAAACCUUGGGAAUCCAUAAUGCACGAUGGAAUAGUGCUUUAGGAAGUUCCAAUAUCAAGAAACACCGCCACUGGGAUUACAUUUGAAUAUUUUGUUUUUCCUUUCUAAGUAGGAAGGUAUUUGAACUAUUUUCGGAGUUGUCUUUCAUUGUGACAUUUCACUUAACAUCUCAAAUCGAUAUGUAUACGAGCAAUGCCCGAAUGAGGAGAUCUAGCUAGGGGCUCAAUAUGAGGAAUCGGGAGAAUUGACCUCUGUUUGGAAGCCCACCACGCGCCGUGGAGAAUGGCAUCAAAUGAAAGAUUGUACGAGGUCUGGAUGCUGUAUUGCAACAAGAGGGACCCAGACUACCUGAAGCUGUGGCUGGAGAUCUUCAUUGGCUCCUAUGAGAGAUGUCUAGACGUGGACUUUGAGAAGCCACCCUCCAGGUUGGAGGAGGUGCCUCCAGUGAUGACCCUGCUGCCAGACAACAUCCUGCAGGUGUUGCGGCACCAGCUGCUCCAGUGUGUCCAGAAGGCCUCGGACGGCCUGGAGCAGGAGCAGCAGAACCUGGCCCUCCUGCUGGUCAAGUUCCUCAUCGUCAUCUGCAGGAACCUGUCCAAUGUCGAGGAGAUUGGCACCUGCUCCUACAUCAACCAUGUCAUCACCAUGACAACGCUCUACAUCCAGCAGCUGAAGAGUAAGACCAAGGAGAAGGAGAUGGUGGACCAGACUCAGGCCGAGGAGUUUGUCCGCCACUCUCUGGCCUUCUGCGAGAGCCUGUACGACCCCUACCGGAACUGGAGAUAUCGCACCUGCGGGGACCAGCGGAGUACAGUGGAGAAGAGCAGACAGAAAUACAAAGCAGCUCCUCUCACCGUGGAGUUUGUCCCCUUCUUCUACCAGUGCUUCCAGGAGAGUGAACACCUUAAGGACAGUCUGAAAUGCUGUCUGUUACACCUGUUUGGAGCCAUCGUGGCAGGGGGACAGCGUAAUGCUCUACUAGCCAUCUCCCCAGCCACCAUGGAGGUUCUGCUGCGUGUGCUGGGAGACUAUGAGGGGGGAGACUAUGAGGGGGGAGACAUGGACAGGGAGGACUGGGACAGUGAGGCUCCAGACCGGAAGUCCCUGCUCACCCUGGGCUGUCUGAGGGAGGUGGUCCACUCCCUCCUGGCCAGCAGCUCAGACCAACGCCAGGUGGAGAUCGGCUCGGUGCUGGAGAACUACUUCAAAUUGCUCAACUCUGAUCCGGCGGCAGCGGCCGUGCAGCAAGGGGUCAAAGGUCAUAAGGUGCUGGGCCGCCACUGGGAGAGCCGCUUCGUAGCGCUGCAGGUGCACAUGCUAGACACUAUCAGGGAUAUGUUCCUGUGUUCGGACCGUCCCGUCCUGCAGGCCAUCUUCCUCAACAGCAACUGCUUCGAGCACCUGACACGCCUACUACAGAACAGCAAGCUGGUUAAUGCUAGGUGCACGACAGCAGAGAAGGACCAGAAAGAUUUCACCAACAGGUUACUGACAGUGACAGGAGAGAGUGACACCCAGGUGUUUCAAGGGCGACUGGACUCUCUCGCCGUGGCAACCAUCAAAGCCCUGACGACGGUGAUGCACAAGUCACCUGCUGCAAAGGAGGUGUUCAAGGAGCGGAUUGGCUACACUCACCUGUUUGAGGUUCUGGUCUCCCUGGGCCAGCCCUCCAGACACCUGCUGAAGGAACUGAUGAAUAUGGCUGUGGAGGGUGAACACAGCUCGGUGGGUAUCCUGGGCAUCAGUAACGUGGAGCCCCUGCUCCUCCUCAUCCAGUGGCUCCCAGAGAUGGACUCUGCUGAGCUGCAGGUGUUCACUGCCGACUGGCUCCGCCGCCUCUGCUGCAUCAACCGACAGACUCGCGCCACCUGCGUCAACGCCGCCAUGGCCGUGCGGCUCCUCGCCACCCUCGGGCACCACGCUCGCCUGCACCGGGCGUGCGCGGAAAGCCUUGUCGGUUUGCUAGGGUCACUGGGGAGCCAGUCGCUGAGCGGUGGUGAGCUCCUCCAGUUACUCAGGCUUCUGAGGCCGCUGGAGCCCGGGCAGGCUCACCCGUACGUGGGCCCGGUGUUGAGGGCGGUCCUGGGCAUGGUGCGGAAGCAGGGUCUGGAGAGCGCCAUGCAGUACUUUGAUCUGUCACCCAGCAUGGCUGGCAUCGCCGUGCCAAUGGUGAUGCGCUGGCCGGGCCCCGCCUUCAGCUUCCUGGCCUGGCUCUCAUUGGACCAGGACCAGCAGGGACUGCCCGGCAAGGGGGACAAGAGGAAGCAGCUGUACAGUUUUUUCACCCCGGGAGGAACGGGCUUGGAGGCCUUCAUCAGUUCAGCAGGGGUACUGGUGGUUGCCGUGUGCACCAAGAAGGAGUACAUGACAGUGAUGCUACCAGACUACUCUUUCUGUGACUCACUCUGGCACAGUAUAGGUGUAGUCCAUGUACCGGGGAAGAGGCCGUUUGGACAGAGUCUAGUUUACAUCUAUGUAGAUGGACAGCAGAAACUGUCAGCACCACUCAAGUACCCAACCAUGACAGAGCCUUUCACCUCCUGCUGCAUCGGCUCAGCAGGCCAUCGGACCACCACGCCACCCCCCUCCCAAAUCUCAGACCCCCCCUUGUCCGGGGCGCCCCCUUCCGCCCGCUCCUCCCUGGGGGGCAUCCUGUCGACCCAGGGCUGGGGGAGCCUCCUGGGGGGAAAGCCUGAGUCGGUCACCAAGUUGAUCUCGGCGGGGACGCAGGACAGCGAGUGGGGCAGCCCCACCUCCCUGCAGGGCCAGCUGGGUAGCGUCAUGGUGUUCCAUGAAGCACUGCAGCCCAACCACGUCAAGGCCCUCUGCAGCCCCGGGCCAAACUGCAUUUCUCCUUUCAAGACCCAGGAGGCAGAGCUCGGUGACCUCGCAACUAAACUCCUGCUGCACUACUCCCCCAAGGCUUGUCGGAACCCCAUCUGUCUGGACCUGUCCCCCAACCUCCUCCAUGGGCGUCUGACUGGGAACAAGGUUGUCAACUGGGACAUCAAGGAUAUGAUCAAUUGCGUGGGAGGUCUACCUGUCCUCUUCCCCAUCCUGGAGCAACUCACCCUGCUGACCCCUGAGAACCACACCGCUGCCGACCCCACGGGGUCAGAGUUGAUCAGCCCCACCCCUGACGUGGCCACCUCCCCUGGGGACGGGGACUGGGUCAUCUUGCCCUCCAACAGGUCCUCAGAGGCGCGUCUGGAGAAGAACCUGGUUGCCACGUUCCUGCUGGUGCUGAAGCACUUCCUGCAGCGUCACCCCAUCAACCAGGAGAGCCUGCUGCACUCCCAUGGAGUAGCCACCCUGGGGGGACUGAUGCAGAAGCUGCCUGCCAGUCUGGUGGAUGUGAGUGUCUUGGUGUCUGCUCAGCUCCUGGUGGAGCAGGUUACCUAUGAAAAGAACCAACAGCUGCUGCAGCAACUCCACACACACCUUCUGUUCAACUUCAGCAUCUGGAACCUGGGGGACUUCCCCAUGCGCAUCGGUCACAUCCAGUACAUGUCCACCAUCAUCAAAGAAAACAGGAAGCAGUUCCGGAAGAAAUACGGAGUUCAGUUUCUACUGGACACCAUUCGCCUUUACUACGGUAAGAGUGUCAGCAGGGAGGGAGAUAUUAGUGAAGACGACAAUCAGACCAUCCGAGCAUCCCUCUGCGGCCUCCUGAAGUAUUACAUCAGCAAGGGUAUGACCCAGGAGGAGAUGCACAGCAUUCUGGGAUACAUCGCCGCCAUCGGAGAGGAGGAACAGCUGUGUGGAGUGAUAGAGUUGCUGCUAAGUCUGCUCCAGACCAGUGCUGCCAGGGACCAGCUUUUCCUGCUGCUGUUUGAGCCGGGGGCGGCUGACUCCUGCUACGCCCUGCUGCUCAACACCAAACACUCAGACCGCCUCCGAGAGCUCGUCUUCAAGAUGUUUGACCGCAUGCUGCGCUGCGACCGUGUCUAUGAGAAGAACAAGCAGAGGCUGAAGCUGAGGGAGGUGGGAUACUCUGGUCUCUCCCUGCUCUUCUCUGACCUCCACAUCACCCCCUCCCUCGUCAAGAGCCUGCUCAACCAGGUGCUCCACACAGAUCAUGUGGUGAGCUACAAGGACCUUAUGGCCCUGGUCCAGCUGACUCACCGGGCCGGGCCCAGCGUACGCCUGCUCGUGUGCAAUAGGCUGUACCAGCUCCUCCAGUCCCAGCAGGACGCGGCGCGGGAGAUCUCCAGACAGCUGUGCUGGCAGGAGACCCUGAUGAGGCUGUUCCUGCGCUCCCCCUGCGAGGGCGGCCCGGGGCGGGGCGAUGCUGCCAGCACCUGCAGCCUGGACCUCAACCUCAGCCGGGGCAGCGGCAGCCGCCUAGAACUUCCCCUGGAGAGGAGGGGCCGAGCAGGCAGCGCCGGAAGACUGGUGGAUGAAGACCGCCUCAGCGUGAGCUCCAGAAGAUCAGUGGAUAGUCUUGAAAACGGGGAUGUACUUUCGCUUCUGGACACGCCCAUUAGUCAGAUUGGAGAGGGCCAGUUGCUCAAGCCCUGGGCCUCUGGGGGAGGGAAAGCAGGGGGUUUGAGUUUGGACCUGUCCCACAUGAGUGCCUAUGAGGGCGGGGAGAGCGGCAACCAGACGCCGGGGAGCAUGGUCAGCACGCCAUCGCCGCUGGAGACGUCAGCCAAGGCCUUCCCAGAUGCCUCGUCGGCGUCCCUCACCGAGGACAGCUUCCUGUUCAGCGACAACGUGUCAUUGGGGGAGUCGUUCAGCUGCGCUGAGCGGACGGAGGAGGAGCUGUCUCGCAUGCUGCUGGAGAUCGUGCUGUGCGUAAUGUGGCGAGGCGUGGAGGGCUCGGACGAUGCCGCCUGGCUGGAGCGGGGGCAGGUGUUCUCUGCCCUCACCAAGCUGGGCGCUACCAACGAGCUGCUGCUGCCUGUCGACCACAUCAAGCUCAGUCUGAUGGAGAGGAUGCUGGAGUGGGCUGUGACUGACAACCGGGAGGCCACGGCGGCCAUGUUGCCCCAGCACACCGAGAACGCUGUGCGGCUGCUCCACGUUGUGCAGGACUUCCUGCAGGCCGAGGGCCUGGUCAACCCCGCCCUGUGGACAGAGAAGGUCCUGGAGGAGACAGUGACUCUGAUGGACAGUCUAAUGGUGUGGUACUCAUCAGGGGCCCAGUGGCUGCAGCUGUCCCAGGUGGGCCUGAGGCUUCUGCUGGGCUUCAUGGCCCAGGAAGACCCCCAGGUGUGUGCCUUGGCCACAGCCAAGCUGAACGGCAUCCUGCAGACCAAGAGCGUGGAGACUCAGGACGAGGCGUGUUACCUGCUGGGAAAGGUGGAGGGCAUCCUGAGACGCUCUGUAGGGGGGCAGACAGAGGACACCUAUAUGUGCCUGGUGCCCCUGCUCCGCACGCUGCUCUCCAAGGUGAACAAGCUGCUGUACAUGGAGCUGCACCUCCCCCAGAUGCCUGACACCAACGGCAGCCCCUCCUUCUUCGAGGACUUCCAGCUGUACUGCGACUCCCCCGAGUGGAGGGUCUACCUCGACAAAUACAUCAUCCCCUACAUGAAGCAGUAUGAGAUUGAGACGUUUAGUCAGGGUCAUGAGACCAUGGCUCUGUUCUGGAAGGAGUGCUAUGAAAGCUUCAUGGUCAACCUGCACAAGAGAGAGAGGGAGAGGGGAGAGAGCAAGAUACGCUUCCAGGAGCAGUUUGUGGAGCCCUUCUCUCGGCGCGGCCGGCAGGAGAACCUGCGAUACAACAGCAUGCUGAAGCAGCUUCACAGCCAGCACAGUGCCGUCCUCAGGCAGUGGAGAGGAGCACGCCGCAGCCUGGUGUGUGAGAGAGGCCCCUGGGCAGACAGGCAGCAGAGUGAGAUGCACUGGCGAGUGUCCAGCGCUGAGAACUACUCCCGCAUGAGACUCAAACUGGUGCCCAACUACAACUAUGAGGACCACCGGCAGGCCAGCGCUCUCAGGGACAACCUGGGUGUCCAGCAGCAGAGGGUGACACCUGAGUCCUUACUGCUGGAGGCGGUCAAGCAGGUGAAGGUCAGCGACCUGGAGGAUGACAUUCUGGAGCUGCCUGAAGACGACCCCGCAGCGACCAACAACACGGGGGAAGUGGAGGAGGCAGGCCAGAAGGAGAAGCUGGUUCUGUGGGAGGACUGUGAGCUGGUCACCCAGGUGGAUGUCAGCCCUGGACGUCUGGAGCUCACCACCCAGCACAUCUACUUCUAUGACAGCAGCACAGAGAAGGAGGAGGGUGUUGGUCAGGACUUUAAGUGGCCUCUAUCUCAGAUCCGGGAGAUCCACCUGCGAAGGUACAACCUCCGCCGCUCGGCCCUAGAGAUCUUCCUCAUAGACCAGACCAACUACUUCCUCAACUUUAAGAAAGAGGUGCGGAACAAGGUGUACAGUAGGAUGCUGCUGCUGCGCUCCCUCAGCCUGUACGGCACACGCUCACCACAGGAGCUGCUCAAGGCCUCCGGACUCACACAGAAAUGGGUGAACCGAGAGAUGACCAACUUUGACUACCUGAUCCAGCUGAAUACCAUCGCGGGCCGAACCUACAACGACCUGUCUCAGUACCCAGUGUUCCCCUGGAUCCUGUCGGACUACACGUCAGAGGAGCUGGACCUGACAGACCCAGCGGUGUUCCGGGACUUGUCCAAGCCAGUGGCCGUACUCAACGAGCGGAACGCCAAGGCUGUCCGGGAGAAGUAUGAGAGUUUUGAGGACCCCACGGGGACCAUCGACCGGUUCCACUACGGUACCCACUACUCCAACGCAGCAGGAGUCAUGCACUAUCUCAUCCGCGUGGAACCCUUCACGUCACUCCACAUCGCGCUACAGAGUGGACGGUUUGACUGUGCGGACCGUCAGUUCCACUCCAUCCCAGCUUUGUGGCAGACCCUCACGGACAACCCCAACGACGUCAAGGAGCUCAUCCCAGAGUUCUUCUACUUCCCAGAGUUCCUGGAGAAUCAGAACGCCUUUGAUCUAGGGCGCCUGCAGAUCUCCAAGGAGAGGGUGAAUGAUGUCAUCCUGCCUAAAUGGGCCAAGUCUCCAGAGGACUUCAUUUAUAAGCACAGGAAAGCCCUGGAGUCUGAGUAUGUAUCGGCCCACCUGCAAGACUGGAUUGAUCUGAUCUUCGGUUACAAACAGCGAGGCCCCGCGGCCGUGGAGGCACUCAAUGUCUUCUAUUACUGCACCUACGAAGGGGCAGUGGACCUGGAUGCCAUCACUGAUGAGAAGGAGCGUAAAGCUGUAGAGGGGAUGAUCAGUAACUUUGGACAGACACCCUGCCAGCUGCUCAAGGAGCCACACCCUGUACGUCUUUCUCUGGAGGAGGUGGAGAAGAGGAAAGGUCGACUAGACGCCUCGCCCCUCAGCAUCUUCCAGCACCUUGCCGAACUCAAGUCCUUCUUUGUCGAGGGGAUCAAUGACAACGUGCCUCUGGUGAAAGCCGUGGUCCCCAAGAACCAGUCCCACUCCUUCAUCACCCAGGGCAGCCCAGACACCAUGGUGACCCUGAGUCAGAACUGUCUGAUGGCAACCCACGGCUGGCUGCCUUAUGACAAGAACAUCUCCAACUACUUUACCUUCAUCAAGGACCCCUCCGUGGCCAACCCCAAGACCCAGCGGGUCCUGGGCGGGCCCUUCUCUCCAGGCGUGGAGGUGACGGCAGGUCUGUUUGUGGUGUCCCAUGACGGGAAGCUCCUGUUCAGCGGUGGCCACUGGGACAACAGCCUGAGGGUCACCUCCCUGGUCAAGGGAAAGACCGUGGGACAUCACAUCAGACACAUGGACAUAGUGACGUGCCUGUCGACAGACUACUGUGGGAUCCACUUGAUCUCCGGAUCCAGGGACAACACCUGUAUGGUGUGGCAGGUGCUGCAGCAGGGAGGUUGUCCAGUGGGGCUGUGUCCCAAGCCGGUACAGGUGCUGUAUGGACACACUGACGAGGUGCUGAGCGUCAGCAUCAGCACAGAGCUGGAUAUGGCCGUCUCUGGAUCACGGGACGGGACGGUGAUCAUCCACACGGUGCGUCGGGGCCAGUACAUGCGGUGUCUGCGGCCGCCCUGUGAGAGCUCCCUGCCUGUCUCCAUCCUGCACCUGGCUAUCUCUUAUGAGGGGUGUGUGGCGGUUCACACCUGUGUAGAGGGCAAGGCCACGCUCAAGGAUAAGAACGGUCUGCACCUGUACUCUGUCAAUGGGAAGCACCUGUGUACGGAGGGCCUGAAGGAGCAGGUGACAGACAUGUGUGUGUCCGGGGAGUACCUGGUUAUCGGCAGCGAGCAGGGCUUCCUCUCCAUACGAGACCUGUACAGCCUGUCCCUGUGUGCUGCCCCCAUGGCGAUGCGCGUGCCCGUGCGCUGCGUGUCCGUCACCAAGGAGCAGAGCCACGUGCUGGCGGGCCUGCAGGACGGCAAGCUUAUCAUUGUGGGCGUAGGCAAGCCGGCCGAGGUAAAGAGCUCGUUCAGAAACUACAUCGCCCAGAGCCUGGAGGGCUCACCCCUCAUGGCAAUGCCACUGCUCGCCCCGCUGAGGGUGCGCUCGCCCGCCCGCAAGCUGAGCCUCCGGGACAAGUUAAUGUUUAACCCCCAAGGCCCUGACCCCUGACCCCCUGAGCAGAACAUCCCCCUCAAUUCAAUAAAAAAAGUUUUAUUUGCCUCAGAGGGAACUUCAUAAACUCACCCUACAAACUACCACCGCAUACCAUUCUCUCUCUGUUUUAGUGCCAAAAAUGUGUCCUAAAUGACCCGCCCUUCGUUAGCCACAUACACCUUGGUUGUGUUCAUUAGGCACCAAACAGAAGAAAACUGACAAACAGCGGAGGAGCUACCUGGACUUUUUUUCCCAUUUUCUGUUGUAAGACUUUAAGUAAUGUUCCGUUGCGUGCCCUAAUGAACAUGACCCUGUUUCUGGGGCAUAUGACCCUGUUUCUGGGGCGUAUGACCCUGUUUCUGGGGCGUAUGACCCUGUUUCUGGGGCGUAUGACCCUGUUUCUGGGGCGUAUGACCCUGUUUCUGGGGCGUAUGACCCUGUUUCUGGGGCGUAUGACCCUGUUUCUGGGGCGUAUGCCCCAGAGUGAGCAGGACCCUGGCCCAUUCUCGCCCUGCAAGGAUUGGUGACCACACACACACACAGACACACAGACACAGUAACACUUGAGACAUUCCAUAAACCCCUCUGAAUGAAUACAACACACCCUCUCCUGGAAUAUUACUGUGAAAUGAAAACAUGGGCUUCCGUUUACCUCAUUCUAACCGAGGAAUGACUUCUUUUUGGGCCUUGGGAUGGUGUUGUCCAAUAUUGUUUACCGGAAGUGUCAUUACUAUUGACUGAUUUAGUAUGUAUUUGUGACAAAUGCUGUGAAUUGCCUUGGAUGAAACACCUCUGCAAAUUCAAGCCAUAUAAACUAUAUUAGUAAUAAGCUACGCUAUAAUAAGAUACACUAGGCUGUAAUUUAUUCCCACCUGCUCCUCAAGUGGAAAUGGUUUAACCCUUAUUGUCUUCCUGCUCUUCAAGUGAAAAUGGUUUAACCCUGAUUUCUUCCUCCCUGCUGGUAGACAUGAAAGUAAGGUUAACUCUGGGGCUGUAAUGAUGUAAGGUUAAAACUCUGGGGCUGUAAUGAUGUAAGGUUAACUCUGGGGCUGUAAUGAUGUAAGGUUAAAACUCUGGGGCUGUAAUGAUGUAAGGUUAAAACUCUGGGGCUGUAAUGAUGUAAGGUUAAAACUCUGGGGCUGUAAUGAUGUAAGGUUAAAACUCUGGGGCUGUAAUGAUGUAAGGUUAAAACUCUGGGGCUGUAAUGAUGGGAGUAGGAGGGACACAGGGAAUCACCCUCGAAUCAAUUGAUAAUUUGAUCCCCUCCCAACUUCUCUCCCCUUUUCUUUUAUACAAAUGGACCUGCCUGAAAGUGAACCAAGCUUUGGUUUUGAACUGGCACGAGGUCAUUCCAACAUUUCUGAACUAACCGAUCACUCAUAAAUCAUAUCCUGCUUUUUGUUUGUUUCUUUUGACUUCACACUUUCCUCCUCCUCCUCCGCCUCAUCUGUCUCUCCUCUUCCUCACUUCCUCCUCCUUUCCUCCACUGUUCUCAGAUGCGUUCAGGCCAGAUCACUCGUAAGCUGUGGGGCUCCAGCAAGCGCCUGACCCAGAUCUCCUCUGGAGAGACAGAGUACCAACCAGCCUGCAACCAGAACUGACCCCACCACCACCCCUUCCAACCCCCUCUCCACUACCACCACACCCCCUCACCCUGCUGCCUGCCUGAUUGGCCCGCCAGCCCUGCCAAUCAUCAGUCUACCCAAUCAGAUUGAACCACCCCUCGUUUUGAUUGACUGAUGACUGUUUUGGGGGAAUCUUACUCUCCUUUUCUGUUCCUCCCUCUGACUUGGGAAGGACACUGACCCACGAGUGGGUGGAAGACUGGGUGUGUGUGUGUGUUUUAACUGUGUGUAAAGGUUAGGCGGAUGAGUAGGGAAGGUCAAGACGGACCAACCGGCGCGGGCGUCGAGUUUCUGAUCCAACUGUAGGUGCAUACAUCCCCUCACACCCCCUCCCCUUCAAUGACACCCAUGGCCAUUACUCUUCAUCUUCCUCCAUCAUCAUCACUAGCACGGUCAGGCCAGUGGCUCCCACUACCAGAGACCCUCUAUGCAGACCUACACUACAGCAGUCUGAGCUGACCUCUGACCCCUCCACCUCUCAGGCCCAAGGAACGAAGGGGAUCCCCAACGUAUAAAUGUAAUUACUCCAAUGGGAACACUUAACCUGGUUGAAGGUCCACCCAUCACAUAACACUGACUACAAUGGGAAUUAUAUUUCUCUGGUCAUCAAGAUGACCCACUUCUCCGAGCCCUGAACCCGAGACCACUGACCAGUGUAUUUGUGUAUGUUCGCUCUUUGUGUUUCUGUGUGUUGUCUCUCGCUGGUUGUUUUCUCCAGUGGUCGUUGUUGACUUGAUUUUGCCUUCCAGUCUGACUAGGCUGUGACCGAUACCUCAGGGCUCCUAGGCAGCAGUAAGGGGCUAUGUUCAGUCACAAUACAAUGUUUUUGUAUUUGUGUUUGGUGUUACUGAUAAUUGUAGUUUUUUUUACAGAUGGGUGCAUGUGUAUAAGGUCUGUGGUUAGGUUGUGUUUUGCGUGGCAUUUCCGGCCCACUCCUCAUUUAGUAUAGAGGACGGGGCCCUAGGGUAUCCAACACUCGUACUAAGCCUGACACACACACUUGUUUGCUAAUAUACACAUGCAUAGACCCCUCCCUAUUGGAGAAGCCUCUGACUGCGUUCCAUGUCAUCUCUAUUGCAAUCUCAGUAGAUUUCUAUAUCACAUUUAAUGUGGUUCCUGAGAUGCUGAACACUUCUCCAGGCGUUGUGAGAUCUGAUAAUCAAUAAAGACGACCUGGAACGCACCCAAAGUCCGCUAGUUUGACACUACAGAAGAAGAGAGAAGCCAGGUGUUGUAGAAUCACUAGCUACCCCAUACCGUGCCCAAAGGACUCGCUCCCCUCGAACACUACACUCUUACACACACUGCAAGCUUCUCAUACAGCCCAUCACUACACUUGUGUUAGACCGCAUGCUUUGGAGGGACAAACCAUACUGAACCUGGCUUAGUGUGCAAUGUUUAGCGCUAGAUUCAUCCUAGAAUGUUUUUAUGUUACUUGAAUCAAUGUUUAUUUAUGAAUGAAAACAAGCUUUUUUCCCAUAGGCUAUUUAAAUUCACACUACAUUAUUUGUAUGUUUUUAAGUGGUGCUUCAGUUGUUCAACAAAGAUUUAUGCGGCAAAAAACUAAAGACGGUGGAUCGAUCCACCUUUCAGAAUGGGAGGGGAGACUUUCUAAGGGCUUUUGAGAUGUCAGUGUUACAGCAAUACAGUUCUUUCCUCUGCUCUGCUGACUGUGCAUUGGUACAUUCCAGCCUCUUCUUGUCAAGGCUGAACUAAAAAAAAAUCUCCAGGUUUCCUGUUUUUUCUGACAGGGACGACGAGACUUGGGAGAUGAGACUUAUUCUGCCAAGGGACGGCCCAAACAGCUGUCAUCUUCCAACAGUCAGAAUCACCUCAGUGUUCCUCCUCCUUCCAUAAUUGUCUCUUAGUGGGAGCCAUGUCAGCUAGUUAAGGUCCUCUGGAGUUCCAGAAAUGCAGUAACGUCACUAAACGUGUGUCUGUGAACCAGGCCUAAUGUGGCUUUUGAGAUUUCAUGUCUGUUUGAGAUUCUGAAUGAUUUCACCCCCCAUUGAAUCCUUAUGGUUGUUAUGCUCCUGUCAAAUCAAAAUGACAGUUUGGUCGGGGUAGGUCAUCUGUUGCAUAAUGUGGAUGUGUAUGUCCAUGAUGACAGUUUCUUAAAAUGCCAAAUUCCUUAUCAUAUCAUUUGCCUUCUUGAUAAUAAUUCAGUGAUUCUGGUUCUUAUCUAUCAUGGACUUAGAAUCAUUCAUUCUGAUUCUAUGGUGGUUAUAGGUUAGGGAUCAGACUUCUAUGUACAGUGUGGUUGUUUUUUGGUCUUUUAAGUGUCCGCAAUCUGUCCGGAGAUUGCAAUCACAGACCAACGUGUGCCCUUUUUUAAACGAGGCCGUUUCAAUACAUGUUUAUUUCUAAUUGUUUAUGCUGAUGUGUCUCGUCUCGAUGGCAUACUCCUUUAAUCAGUUUCCAUUCUCAUCAGGAUGUGUUAAUCAUUUUUUCCAAAGGACGUAUUUAAUAAAUGUUUCUGUUUUUGUCAAUCUUAGUUUGUCAGUCAGACGACACCACCAUCUUGUUUUAGGACUUUCUUCCAACCCCACCACUGAAACAGUGCCUUUUUAUCCACGUUGCAUCAUACAGACAAUUAUCCGGUUAGUGUGUAGAAUUCCUUGUUACCCCUCCCUCCAUGAUAACCCAUGGAUAGCAGCAUUCCACAAACGUAACAUCCAAUAGGAACCAAGAAUCUAGAACUGUAAACAAAUUAGACUAAAAAUCGGAAAUAUAUUGGUGUCUUACCUUAGCUGCUUGCUCUGUGACUGUCACCAAAUGGAUGUGUGUGUAUAUCUGAUUUAUAAAUACUGGUGUAUAAUGUACAGCAUGAUUUUUAUUUUAGUGGAUUUUAAAUGUACUUUUUGCACUUUCCAGGUACUAAAUUGUAAGUGAUUGUUUUAAAUGUCUCCCUGGUCCAUUCUGUACAGACAAACUGCUUUGUAUACACAAGUGGAAAGUAAUCAUUAAAGUCUUGUCAAAAAUGUAA